AGUCUUCCAGCUGGUUGGAGUCAGUUUUGGCUUGUUGUGCAUCACACAAAUAACUCUCAACGUUUAUUUUCGGCAACGUUCUGUUGGGAUGUCUGAUGGGUUGAAUGUCUCAGCUUGUAAUGUCUCCUGCCUGGAAGAUGACAUCAAAGCUCUGAUUUUAGAGCGAGAUCAGCCCCGUCAAAUGGAAAAUAAUCAUCUUAAAAAAAUAGAGAAACUGAGUCAAGAGAAAAGUCAACUGAUUCAAGAGAAAAAUCAAUUGGUUCAAGAGAAACAGUGGGAGAAAGAGCAACUAAUUCAAGAGAAACAGCAACUAACUCGAGACAAAGACAAGCUGGUUCAAGAGAAAACUCAAUUGGUUCAAGAGAAACAGCAACCAAUUCAAGAGAAACAACAACUAACUCAAGAUAAUCAAUUGGUUCAAGAGAAACAAAAACGAAUUCAAGAGAAAAAGCAACUAACUCGAGACAAAAACAAGCUGGUUCAAGAGAAAACUCAAUUGGUUCAAGAAAAACAGCAACUAAUUCAAGCGAAACAGCAACUAACUCGAGACAAAGACAAGCUGGUUCAAGAGAAAAAUCAACUGGUUCAAGAGAAAAAUCAAUUGGUUCAAGAGAAUCAGCGAGUGGUUCAAGAGAAUCAGCGAGAGACAGAGCAACUAAUUCAAGAGAAACAGCAACUAACUCGAGACAAAGACAAGCUGGUUCAAGAGAAAACUCAACUGGUUCAAGAGAAAAAUCAAAUGGUUCAAGAGAAUCAGCGAGAGACAGAGCAACUAAUUCAAGAGAAACAGCAACUAACUCGAGACAAAGACAAGCUGGUUCAAGAGAAAACUCAAUUGGUUCAAGAGAAACAGCAACUAAUUCAAGAGAAACAGCAACUAACUCGAGACAAUCAAUUGGUUCAAGAGAAACAAAAACUAAUUCAAGAAAAACAGCAACUAACUCGAGACAAAGACAAGCUGGUUCAAGAGAAAAAUCAACUGGUUCAAGAGAAAAAUCAAGUGGUUCAAGAGAAAAAUCAAGUGGUUCAACUAAUUCAAGAGAUAGAGCGAAAGAAACGGCAACUAAUUCAAGAGAUACAGCGAAAGAAACACUGUAACAGAUUUGCGUAAAUUUAUGUUGGAUUUUUUACAGUAUCAUAUUUCAUAACAAUAAAAUACUGCUAAAUGACUACACCUAAUGUUAAUUUACAAUUAAAUUGGUUGAGCAGUAACGGUAGUUAACUGUAUAUUUAACAGCAUAAUGCAGUAUUUUUUUCAAAA